UGGGGGUGGUUCUUCGGAGCUGGGAGGGAGGAGUCGAGCAGACCCGGGCUUGGGGGGUGACCAUGGGUGGUUGAGGGGUGCCGAGUUCCGAGGCGGCCCAUGCUGGCGGCCAUGGCCGAGGAUUACUGGGACUCGCAAUAGCAGUAACCGCCGCCAAGCAGUGACUCCAGCCCCUUCCCCAUCAUGGAUCGGAUGAAGAAGAUCAAGAGGCAGCUGUCCAUGACGCUGCGGGGGAGCCGAACUGUAGAGAAAAACCUCAAUGAACCCAUUAAUAUAGAGGAAAACAACAGCAGCGAUAAUGGCCCCACAGUGAAGAGUGUGCAUCCCAGCACCUCCCGCAGCCUUCACGCCUUCCUGCACCACUACGCAGGCUCCUUCCGCAGGCCCCGUCUGGCCGUCAGCCGCAGCCUGAGCUCUCACCUCGGCCGUACCUCCCGAUUAGAAAUUGUUCAUGAGGACCUCAAAAUGGGUUCGGAUGGUGAGAGUGAUCAGGCAUCAGGAACAUCAUCAGAUGAGGUGCAGUCUCCAGUCCGAGUGCGCAUGCGGAACAACCCGGCGCGCAAGAUUUCCACUGAGGAUAUUAACAAGCGCCUGUCACUCCCAGCUGACAUCCGUCUGCCCGAAGGCUAUCUGGAGAAGCUGACCCUCAACAGUCCUCUCUUUGACAAGCCCUUGAGCAGGCGGUUACGCAGAGUCUCUUUGUCGGAGAUUGGCUUUGGGAAGCUGGAGACGUACGUGAAGUUAGACAAAUUGGGAGAGGGAACCUAUGCCACGGUCUACAAGGGAAAGAGUAAACUCACUGACAACUUGGUAGCCUUGAAGGAGAUCCGUCUUGAGCAUGAAGAGGGCGCCCCUUGCACAGCCAUUCGGGAAGUUUCGCUUCUAAAAGAUUUGAAACAUGCCAAUAUAGUGACCCUGCAUGAUAUCAUCCACACAGAGAAAUCCCUGACUCUUGUCUUCGAGUAUUUAGAUAAAGACCUCAAACAGUAUCUAGAUGAUUGUGGGAACGUAAUAAAUAUGCACAAUGUGAAGUUGUUUCUGUUCCAGCUGCUACGUGGCCUAGCCUACUGUCACCGUCAGAAGGUGCUGCAUCGAGACUUGAAGCCCCAGAAUUUGCUUAUUAACGAGAGAGGGGAGCUCAAACUAGCAGAUUUUGGAUUAGCCCGGGCAAAAUCUAUCCCCACCAAGACCUACUCCAACGAGGUGGUAACACUUUGGUACCGACCGCCUGAUAUUCUGCUGGGCUCGACAGAAUAUUCCACCCAGAUUGACAUGUGGGGUGUGGGCUGCAUUUUCUAUGAGAUGUCCACAGGGCGGCCACUCUUCCCAGGCUCUACAGUUGAGGAGCAGCUGCAUUUCAUUUUUCGGAUAUUGGGGACACCCAAUGAAGAGACAUGGCCUGGAAUCCUGUCCAAUGAAGAAUUCCGGGCUUACAACUACCCCAAAUACCGUUCUGAAGCCCUGAUCAACCACGCCCCACGGCUGGACAAUGAUGGGGUUGACCUUUUAGGAAAGCUGCUGCAGUUUGAGGGCAGGAAGCGGAUCUCUGCAGAUGAGGCCAUGCGUCACCUGUUCUUCCACAGUCUGGGAGAGCGGGUCCUCAAACUUCCAGACACAACAUCAAUAUUUGCACUAAAGGAGAUUCAGUUACAGAAGGAGACUGGGCUGAGAUCUGCUUCCCUGCCUGAAUCAGUGAAUGGUCAGAAUGGACGACCAAGCCUGCUGCUUUGAAGUCUACAGUUCUGGGUUGGCAAGGGUAGAAAGAAGCCAGGUUUCUCCCCCACCCCCCACCCCCCACCUCCACCCCAUGGACUGUCUCCACUGGUGGCUUCUUGGUAUUGAACUGUGGCAUGAGAACCUGUGCUGGGAAUUUGCUGGGCAAGGGUGGGGGGGCCCUGGAACCGAGGAGAAAAUGACCGCUCCUGGCACCAACAAGCCAGCCACCAAUUCUCUGUGCCGCUGGGACGGACUCUCCCUCCCUCCCUCUCACACACAUGGUGUUUCAUUUUAUUUUUUAAGUUUUAUUUUUUCAAUGCAAUAUUAUAAAUAUAUUUACAAAUAUCUAUACAGAGAGAGAGACACCCCCCAUACCCUAACCUCUCCAGAAAUGGGGAGUGUACAGUAUUAACUCUGAGGGAGCCAAUCCCCUCCCUAUCUCAUCCCAGUAGUGGGCCAGGUGGAGGGAGGAGAAGCACUGGGGCCAGAGUAGUUCCAUCCUUUGCACUCCAUAAUCUAGGAAUUGAUGGGAUUGGGGAGGUUUGUUAGCAUUUAGGAUGAAUGAGCGGACUCCUCCUCCCCAGUUAUAAUCACUUUCUUUGGAAGUGGUGAGGACUCUGUUUUCCUGGCCUAACUGUGUGUUUUGAAGUCCAGGUGUCCUCUGAGAAUUCUCCAAAUCUUUGGAAAGAUGGUCCUUCUUUUCCUGUCUUCUUUCUUAUUGGGACUUUCUGGCUGCAAGGGUGCCCUCUUUCCAAACCCCCUUUUGCUCAGUUUUGGAGUUGCUUCUAUCUCCUUCUCACACCAAAGUGGAGUCUCUGUUUUGAACCCUUGACUGGGUCUUGACUGGUGCCUCGCCUGGGCUUGUGCUUGGCUAGUGCUCUGAAUCGUAGCUUAACUCCUGUUCAUCUGUUACGGCUCUUAUAUUACUUGCUUGGUACUCAGGGUUCGCAUUUCUUCCAUUGUCUUUCCAGACGCAGUCCACUGACUACUAGUCCAGACACAAGCAUCAGAUAUUCUAGUAGGCCUUGUGUAGGGUGGUGGAUCCAAUUCCCAGUGGAUUGUGCCUUGUUCUCUCACCCCUGUUCUUCGUUUUUUUAUGUACACUACAGUUCCUAGGUGAUCAUGAUUUGUAGCUUGUCUUAACAUUUCUUAUCUCCAAACGACUAUGUUAGAACGGGCCCAUCGAGAUCUUUCUCCGAUGCUGUGUUUAUUUUGGUAUGAAAACUUUGGCACUUUCCAAAAAUGUUGGACAACAACACCCCUCAUCCUUAGUCAGCAGGAUCAGAAGUUUAGGAAUAUGGGAGUAAUCGUCUAAAACAUAUGUAAUGCCAACCUUUACUUGGUCUCUAUGGAAAUCAUUUGCCUUGUCUCAGUGCUGCUUAGAUUUUCACAUCAGUUCCUACAAUUUUCAACAAUUUACAGUGGCAGAUUCUUAGUCCUUAGUUAUGUGGAUUACAUAAUUCCCAUUCUGUUUUUGAAUCCAAAGUAAACCAGAACAGAGCAACUGUUCUGCAGUUAGCCACUCCAAUUACCUCUUCUACCAUUGGGAAUCAGAGAUACUUAAGAGGCAAUGGGCCCUUUCCCCAGCUAUGUCUUCACUGGUUCAAAGAUCGAUCAACUCCUGUCUGUGCUUCUGGAGGAGCUAGCCCCCCCUUUGCUUUGACCAACAUCCCUCCAAAACUAUCUGCUUGUUGGAUUGACUUUUUGGUCUUUACUCAGACGACUCUGAUGCCCUUUCCUCCUGCUCUGUGUAUUGCAGUAUUUAGAGAUUCAGCUCUGUAUUCCAGAGCCUUCAAUAUUUAGACAAAAAAGUCUCCAUGGGACCUGCCUGUGUAUUUUCAGUGUUUGGGCUCCCUCUGCUUCCAAUUCUCCUACAACUAGGAGAGGCAAUUUACAGGAAGAGGGAAACGCCUAACAGUAUCACAGCUCCCCAGGCCAGGACUGUUCCUUUGAGCUCAGGGCACAGAAACUUCGGUGCACAGAACUGAAGGGUGGGGAGAUCCAUCUCCUAGAGUUUGUGCUCCAGGGGUAUUAGACAAGACGGUACCAAUUUUUGCUGUUUGAUCACAGCCUAUAUAUAUAUGUAUGUAUGCGUGCGUGCGUGCAUGCGUAUGUCUGUGUAUAUAUAUAUAUAUGUACAUAUGUAACCAUUUUUAUAUGCAGCAUGAAGCGCUUAUAAGGUUCCAAGAUCUUCCCUUGAUGAGAGCCAUACGAUGAACUAUUCUAGUUACUGUUACAACGCUCAGGCAACUGAAAAGGAUUUUUGAAAAUGCCUACAGAUAUGUAGCCUACCUUGUGCCCUGGGAUGCAAGGAGUUUGUGGUGCUGGUGACCUCUUGCCUUGGCAUUCAGAUGCUGCUGUCCAUGCAAUGGGGACAUCUGGGGAAAAAUCUAGCCUACACUACUUUGCCCAGCAUUAGCCUCUGUGCAUAGGUUGAAAGUAACCAGUGCUCAGCUCAGGAGAUAAGAAGGUUGUGUUUACACAGACAUCCUAAUAAGCAGGAAAGACCAGCCUCUUUCCUUCAACCUAGUGAAUAUCCACAGGUCCUUUUUAGCCCACUAACCUGCUUGCAUGAUCCUUCCCUUAGUUACUGCCUACUGGGUUUUUGACAAUGGCCUCCCAGGUCCUUUCUUUGGUCUCCUUUCAACUGCACCUUAGAAUCAGAAACCUCUUGUUGAGGGAUCAUUUUCUAGUCCCUUCUGAUCAGAGUUCUCGCCUUCCUCCCUGGAACAUGUCUCUGAAGCACUCUGGACCUAGUGGUUCAAAAAGUUUCUCUGCCCUCAAAACUGACCUGUCCUUAGUCAAUCUGAAAUGAGGUCAUACUUCCAGCAGGAACUUAACAAUCAUAUGUAUGUUUUGUUAUUUCCAUUCUUGCAGACGUAAUUUGUCAAUACGAUAGAGCACUAGACUUGGUUUGCUGUCAGAAUCUUGAUUAUAGAGGUACAGUGAGUCUAUAGCUGAGGUUGCUCAAAAUCCUGCUCCUAGAGGACUUAUAAGGAGUCCAUCAGAAAAACUGGGGAGAUCAGGAGACAGUUUAAGGUUUACUCAAUAACAGUGUUGAAUCAUAGGUAACACAAGCUCUGGAUUCAGGACCCCACUUGAGGCCGUAGUUUUAAGGGUUGAUUUGCUGCAUUCUUUAUCCAUUGUUAAUCCAAACAGACCUCUUAACCCUAGUGAAGAACCACAAAUCAUAGCUGAUUAAGUAUUGAAUCUGUAUGGGACUGUCAGGAACUCAUAUUAUGCUGUGGUUGAGUAAAUUAACAGAGAAACAUGGCCAAGAUAUACAGGGCUACCUUUGGGGAAGGGAUCCAGAAUCUAAUCUGGUUUAGUUCAUGGAAUUCCCAUUUUCUGUCUUUGCCAAAGGAGAAGAAAUGAGGUUCUAGAAUAUGGAAAAAUGUAGCCGAGGUGUGACAAUGAGGUAUUCUCCAGACACAAAUGACUUUAUUGAGUUCAGGAAUUUGGGGAAGUGUGAGUUCAGAAUAAUGCUGAGAAUUUGGGAGCAGUUUAGGUCCUAAACUGAGGUUUCAGAAUUCUCAGAAAUGACAGCAGGGACAAAUGCCACCCACGAUGGCUAAACCAGUUUGCUUUAUAGUAUGGAUGUAUUCUUAAUACAAUUCAUUAUGCAAGCUUUUAUGUGAGAAGAAGACUGAAGAUGGCCUGUUGGAUAAUGAAUGUACAGAGGAUUUGGAUGUUGCUUUUGAGGAGGGUGGGGAAGGGCAGAACCUCACAAUUUGUUUCUAGACUGGAGACAAGCAACCAACCUCUUCUUGCAGGAAACAAAAACCCAGGAAUGGAUAAUCAUUAACAUAUGGAAUGGACUAUCUCCAUGGGCCUCCCCCACCUCAAUCCUGCUUCCCUCCACAUCAGUGGAGUAGAUAAAGGAGUUUCAGCUCUCCUAGUAUGGAAGAAGAAACUCUAUUGUUGUACAUAACUUGAAUUGGGGGAGGAACUUUCUGUUUCAAAGAUCAAAGCUUACCAUUUAUAGAAGAAAAGUCCCUAAGGAACAAAAUGAACAAUCUUUUCUCUCCCCCCUCAUGCUCUGUCCACCUUCUUUGGGGUUAAUUAAUGCACCAUGUCCAAAUGUAUGGAACUGAUUAAAAGUCUCCAACAAUC